AUGCUGCGCGACCUCGCUUCUGGGCGUGACGAUAGCGCGGAUCACUACGACGAGCUACAAGAGGAAUACUGGGAAGACGAAGACGAGGAUGACGAGUCUCGAUUUGUCAAUCACUCGCUGCUGUCCCACCUCGCUGUUCAGCUGCGCGACAAGGUGCCGCGAGGGACUCACGUGAAGGGGAGCAUCCCCUACCCCAGCGCGUUCACUGGCAAGGACAUCGUCUCCACCAUCCAGACGCAGAUUCAGCGCGAGCUCGCGCUUGUGCACGGCAUCUCGACAAGUGACCGGAGAGCGGCGCUGAAGGUCGCGCGCAGCCUGCAGAGCCAGUUGUUCUUCUACGAGGUCGAGUGGGGUUCGCGAGUCUUGCAAGAUGGCGUGGAGGACGUGUACAUGUUCAUGGACGAUCUGGACGGUGGUAGUGAGGGUCGCGAACGGGAAGAGCUGCCGACCGGACUCGUUACGAUGCUUGCGCGAUGUUAUACGCCAGGAUGCGGGGAGACGGAGGGCCCUUGUUAUGCUUGGAGCUGUCCGCGCAGGGGUGGCAUUGUAAAUCUCCUCGAGGACACCGUCGAAGAGCCCGAGGUAGCCCCAGAGCAUGAAUGGGAAGGCGGGCUCGCUCCGGAGAUCCUCGAGAACCUGCCGGAGUCUGAGCGCAAUCGGCAGACGAUCAUCUACAAGGUCAUUGCGAAGGAAGAGACGUACCUUCAGGACCUUGACUUCGUCGAGAAGGCCUUCAUCAAGCCUCUGCGCAGCGCAAACCCUCCUGUCAUCGCCCCAGACAUGCUGGAGGACUUCAUCGACGACGUCUUCCACAACAUAAUGGACCUUCGCGAAUGCAAUCGUCGGUUACUCGAGAACCUGCGCGUUAGGCAGCGCGAGCAAACCCCGGUCAUACACAAUAUCGGUGACAUCUUCCUCGUCGCUGCUGCAGAGUUCGAGCUGGCGUACCCGAUCUACAUUGGGCAUCAUCCCAUGGCGGAGAAGCGCCUUAAGGACGAGACGGAUAACAACCCGGAAUUGCGACUAUUCCUAGAGCAAUGUGCUCGGAAUAUCGCGCGCGGGGAGGAUCAGGCCCGGCUUGACCUCAAGCACUUCCUCAACCGUCCCUCCGAGCAUUUGCAGAAGUACCCUGUGUUGCUGGAGGCCGUGUACAAUGAGACGACGGAGGGCAAUGCUGAUGCGGACUACUUAAAGAACGCCAUCGACGCGCUGAAGAAUCUGCAGUCCGCGGCACAGCUGCGUACGUUCCAGUCGGCGAUGGGCAAGGGCACGCCGGGCAAGUGGGAGUGGCAUGACUUAGUGACGCCCGAGGUUCGCCAGCGGCUGGUCAAGGACGAGCAGAAGCGACAAGCUAUAAUCUUCGAGGUCAUCAAGGGUGAGAUGGCGUACGUCAAGGAUCUGGAAAACAUCGGUGUAAUGUACAUCGAGCCUCUUCGCGCUGCGGACCCGCCCAUCAUCAAGCCCGAACGGCUGGACCAGUUCAUCAUCGACGUCUUCCACAACUAUGCUGAACUGCUGGAGCACCACAAGAAGUUCCUGCAGGCCUUGCAUACGGUUCAGCGCCAGCAGCACCCCGAGAUUCGGUCAAUAACAGCACAACUGUUCGACGCAGUCCUCAACUUCCGCGAGGCUUACAUUGAGUACAUCCCAAACUACCCUGUCGCGGAAUACCGCAUCGACGACGAGAUGGCCAACAAUCCCGCGUUCAAGGCCUUCGUUGAGCAAUGUACUAGGCAUCCUGAUGCCCAUAGGCUCGAUAUGAAGAACUUCAUCAAUCGUCCGAUUCCGCGUCUUUUGCGGUAUGAGCUUCUUCUGAAGAACGUUUUGGAUGAGACGCCGCCGGGGCACGAGGACCGCAACGAGAUUCCGUCGGUGCUCGAGCUCAUCAAGGCACUCGGGAAGGAAACGGAGCCAGGCGUCGUGUCGGCGAAGCAGAAAGUCGAGCUUUGGCGGUACCACUCGAACCUUGUCUUCAAGCCGGGAGAGUUUGUAGAUAUGGACCUGCUAGCUGAGAACCGGGUUCUCAUCCACAGUGGCAAGCUUCUGCGACAGCCCGACACAGGCUUCGAGUUCAGCGGUUGGCCGGAGCUAUUCGUGCUCCUUUUCGACAAUUACUUCGUCAUGACCAAGCCCAAGGACAGGGACGGUGUUACGAAGUACCAUGUGUACCGUCGACCCAUUCCCCUUGACCUCCUUACGUUGGUGAACUUCAAUGACCCGCCUACCCAACGUGGUACUGGCAUCCUGCGCAACUUGCGCGGAGGCGGGCAUGAAGCAUCCCCUAGCGUACCCUCUCCCGAAAGCGCCGGCGACUCGCGUAUGGCCUACCCGUGCACCAUUCAUCACAAUGGUCGCUUGGGUGGUCCGUACAUCCUCUACGCCGAGUCCGCCGCUGCAAGGAACGAAUGGAAACAGAAGCUCGAUGAGGCGCUCGGCAUUCGGAAGGUCGUCCAGGACUCGAACAAGGUCUUCGAGGUGGAGACGCUCAGCGCGGAUACUUUCCUUGUGCCGUCAGUGCUGGCGGGCCCGUCAUCUCCGUCCUACAACCAGGAUAGCGCUCUCACGGGUAGGGUGACAUGCUCGAUCCCUUUCAACACCAGUGACGGGCGCGGUCUUGUCGCAAUCGGAUGCGCCGAGGGCGUAUGGAUAGGGUUCCGGCACGAUCCCAACUCUAUGCGCCGGGUACUGCAUCUGAAGAUGGUGACCCAGUGCGCCAUGCUGGAGGAGUUCGGCAUCUUCCUUGUGCUUGCGGACAAAUCCCUUUUCGCGUAUCACAUCGAGGCUUUGGUCCCGUCGACGCAUUCAACGCCUAUGACUUCCCAAGCGCCGCAGAAGCUCAACGGCGCGGGGGCGGUCCAGUUCUUCUGCGUCGGCAAGCAGCAAGGUCGCACACUCGUUAUCUACAUGAAGAAGAAAGGCCUUGAGAGUAUCUUCCGAGUACUUGAGCCUGUCGCGGAUAAGAUCGGCGAACGCACCCGUGCUGCGACCGGCCUUGGCCAUCGACUGUUCAAGUCUGCCAAGUCUGAGUGGUUCCGUGUGUAUAAGGCAGGUCCAUGCGACUUCUUCCUGCCGUCCGAGGCGUACGAUGCGGUCUUCUUGAAGGCGACCAUUGUCAUCAUGUGCUCCAAGGGCUUCGAAAUCAUGAACAUCGACAACUACCAGAGCGUGUCGAUCCCGUUACGAGAGGAUCCUCGGGUAGAGAAGAUCAUCAAGCGUGCCGAGGCCUCUCGUCCUUUGGGCAUGUUCCGCUCUGGCGACAACGAAUUCUUGCUAUGCUAUGACGAGUUCGGCUUCUAUGUCGAUAAGCACGGUGACCCAAGUCGUGCCAUCGAAACCAUCGAAUGGGAGGGCACGGCACAAAGCGUCGCCUUCCACCCGCCCUACGUCCUGCUAUUCGACACCCGCUUCAUCGAGAUCCGUCAUGUGGAGACAGCACGUCUUUGCCAAAUCAUCACUGGCAACGACGUUCGCUGCAUCUGGGAUGGCCGCGGGUCGGGCGAUCUCGCGAAGCAGAUCCGGGAGAACAGGAUUGAGGACGACAACGAAGUCCAAGAGGCGCAGGUGCACGCCGUCAUGAACUCGACGGAGACUGUAGGCGGCGGUCGCGGCGCGCGCGCUGUCGCUCAGCAUGUCUUCGAACUCAUCCCCACCGUUUCACUCCCACUCCCUGAACCUUCGCCCAACACGAUCCUGGGCAACUCUCCCGGUCCUUACAAUUACAUGCAGAGGUCAAGUUCUAGUUCGUCGCCGCCAAUCUCGCCUACCAACAUGCGGUCAACAUCCUGGCGGUCGUAG